AUGCCAAUAUCAGCGCCCAAAAUUCCGGACGGUCUACCCGAGCUGAUGCGCGGAUUGGCAAAGAGUGUGAUAAAGGAAAAUCCGGAAAAUCUGUACGUGCAUGCGGCAGAAUACUUUGAAAAUUUGAUCCGUGAGCGUGAUGGCCACCUGGACCAAGGCUACCAAACGUUCAACGCGUAUCAGGUGUACGCGGACUACAAGGAAAAGACCCGCGAAAAGCUGGGCUUGACGAAAGACCCUUCGCUUAGUGAUGGUAUCGGUGGCGAUGGCGAUGAAAGUGGCAGUGGAGGUAGUGAGUCCAAGAUACGGGGUCGAAAGCGACGUCGCGCGCGUAAACCGUCGUCGAGAGAGAGGGAAAAUCCAGCUACGAUGGUGGGUAACCCGUCCGUUAGUGAUGAGGGAGAGCCACCAAAAUUGAAAUCCCUGUCCGAGGAUAGCGCGCCCGUGCCGGUUGUAGAGCAGGAGAUUGUGAAGGUGCAUUACAAUCCACCAGAGGCGGUUCCAUCUCCGGUGCGGGUAGUAAGUGCACAAUCGGUCGAAGCGGAACAGGCCGUGUCCAGCAUUUUGGACGAUGGGUUGAUACUAAAUUCGGAUGGUAAUGAUGGAAAAGACACGGGUGACGAGUUGGCCGAUAAUGGGGACGAUGUCGGAACGGCUCCUAGUACUGCGGAAAUUACUGAACGUACGGUGGCCGUCGACGCAGAGUCGGGUGCGGCGGUGGCCUUGCAGGAUAUGGAAACAUGUUUCAUGCAUGCAAAUGUUGAUGAUUUAUUGGAAAAACACUCGGAAGAUCAACCCGAACCCGAAACCACACGUGACGUGGGCACAGUUGGGAAUGAAACGACGGUUCUCAGUGCACUUGAAGGAGAAGAUAUUCCAGAGGGACCACAGAUCAUAGGGGAGACUGAUAAUGAUGUGGCUGAGGUAGAGCAAGCGCCAGUAAUAGAGAACCCGGAGAAAAACAGCAACGAAAAUGAAGUGCAGAAAGCGUCUGAGGAGCAGUUGCAAAUUGAAGUUGAAGAAAAUACUUCUUCGUCGCCGAUAGCAGAGCAAAGUGUCGUCGAAGCUGGUGUUGAUGGGAUGGAAAACAAAGAACCGGAGGAUCUGGAUAAUAUUCAGCCUUUAAAGGAUGCAGAAGAAGCCGUUAGUUCCAGUAAUGAACCUGCAGAUGAAGCUAGUGUAGAUCAAUCAAAAUCUGAAACAGAUAAUCUAAGCGAGGACAAAGAUGUGCCUGCAGAUGCUGUUUCCAAUACUGAAGUGGACGAAGGAAAGGGUGAAGAUCCGAUUGUUUCCUCUGAAAUUACAAAUGCUGCCGAACCGGGGUCUUCCUCUCCCAACAAAAGUGUAGAACAAGAGCAUGUACCCAGUGAACCAGCUAGUAAUGAAGCGGAAACUUUAUUGGAAAAGCAAAAUGAACUGGCCGUCGUUGAAACACCUGAAGAUGCUCCUACUAUUUCGAGCAGAAUGGGAUUUGAACAGGAUGAAUCAGCUGAAGGAAAUUACGAAAAUGAAAACGCAUUGCUUGCUCCAGUUGAUAAUGAAAAUGUGGAACAAAAUGUUGAGCUGGAGGUACAGGAGGCAAUAAAGGUCGACGAAAUCAAUGUAACCGACCAACCGAAUGAGAUUGGCUUAAACGAUGAAGUUGUAAAAGAUGAAGGCAAUGAAGCUUCCAAGCAGAUUGAUGUUACCGUUCCCAACUCACCCGAUAACGGAGAUUCAUUGAAUGAUAAUGAUACAGUAGCUAAGGAUGCUACAGAUAAACCAUCGGAAGUUGCACCAUCCGAAUCCACAUCCGUUGCAGAUGAAGAAACAUUUGCGGAAACGGAAGAACAGACAAACGCUGCACUAGAAGAUGUUUCCGUUGCAGAAGACACAAAAGAUGAGAAAGAUAAAAAAGCAGACGAAGCAUUGACUCAAAGUGAACCACAAAAUAUUAAUGAAACAAGUGAAACCAAUACUACACCUGAACCAGUUAGUAACGAUGUAACAGUGGAACCAAGUAGAGAAAAUAUUGAUUUUGUUGAACCGGCAGGCACAUCGGAAGAAACCGUUCCUACGGAUGUAAAAAGUAGUGAACUUUCUACUGAUCCGAUAGUUGAUCCUCGAGUUGACGAUCGAGACGAAGAGCCACAAAAAGAAAACCUAGAAUCAAACGUUGGUGCAAGUGAUGAUUUAAAAUCGGACCAUGAGGACAAAGUCGAAAAAUCUGAUUCGCAAAGCAACGACACUGAGGUAAAUGAAAAUAAUAAUGAAACAGGUCAAAAUGAUUUGCUAACAAAGGAUCAAUCUCUUGAAGAUGUAGCUCACGUUGAGGCGGCAUUAAGCAGCUCAGCAAAUGAUGCCGUAAUUGCGAGCGCUGAACAAAGUAUUUCCAUUAAUCCAGUGGAGCCCUCUGAAGAUAGUUUGAAUGCAAACGCUGAGCAGGGGGAUGAAGAUAAUACCCAGCUUAACGUGGUUCCUGUCACAGAACAAGACGACAUAGUAGUUCAAAAGCAUGAAAUACCACCCAAGGGAUCCGAUGAAGUGAAAGUGGAAGAUGAUACUAAAGUGGGUGAGAAUCCGGAAUCAAAUGAACCAACGGUCCAAGGUUUAAGUACGGAGACAAAUCCUACCCUAGAAAAUGUAGUGAUUGACGAAAUGCAGAAACUACUGCAAGAUGAUAAAAAUGAUCCGGCAUGUGCUGAGGACGCACCCGAAGGUGACAACAAUUCUGGUAACUUCAACAAAGACGUAGCAGAUACAGUGGAUGAUUCAAAUGAACUUAAAGUGGACGAAAAGAACGACAUUCUACCUAGUGCCCCAAUAGAAGAAAAAUCCGGCGAGGGUGCAGUUAUUCCACCCGUUACUAAUCUCGAAGAAAGUUUAGAUAAGUCUGUACCGCAAAACGACCAAUCAUCGGACUUGGAUCAAACGGUAGUGAAUGAAUCGCCAAGUGAUGGUGCGAUUGAACCGAAAGACGACACAUUAGCUGCUCCGGUUGAUCCUUCGGCAUUGGCAGAUGAGGAACUGAAACAGACGGAAAGUCUGGAGGAAGUAGUCGAAGAACCAUGUGUAAAGCGUGAAAUAUCACCCUCGAAGUCGGUUCGUCUCGAAAAGGAUGAUAGCAGUGAGAAGCAAGUCGAAGAGCUGGAAGAGAUAAAGAAAGUCGAUUUGAGUCAGCUGAGCAAGGAUUCGGCUGAAGCUUUGUUUUAUACACUGAAGAAAAGUGAACUUGAAAAUCAGGAACCUGAAGGCGAUACUGUGGGCACCGAAGAGGAGAGUCCUAAGGGUAUGGCAGGUACCCAGCAACAAACGACCGAAGACGAUGAUCAGGACGUAGUGGUAAAGGAAGAGCCACAACCCAUUCCGGAAGCGGAACACACAAAACGAACGUUUACUGAUGAUUUUUUAGAUGAAAACCCCAUCACUGGAGCUCCGAUCACAGCCUCAAUGCCAAGUGAUGGGGGCGAACAGCACGAUCCUCUUUCGAUCGGUCAGGACCGUGCCUCACUGGAUGCGGAAGAACAGAAGGAUGAGUUCAAUCCUAUGGUCAUGGUGUCGAUGCGCUCAAAACAGUACCAGGAACAGCUACACAGCGGCGCGGUAGUGGAGAAGGUCGAUCCAGAGGUUCCGAACGAGGGUACAUCGAAGCGCCCGAUGAUGCGUAGAUGUAUGACCGAGAUGUCGGGACUCCAGCGAUAUGAGGCUGCGAUGGAAGACGAGCUCGUCGAAACCCGUCCGGAGGAUCCUAGCUACGUUGAGGAGGAAGACCAAUUCGAUGGGUAUUAUAUAGGGCAUAUAAAAAAUAAAAUUCUUGCCUCAUCCGUAUCGGUGGCCGAUUCAGAUUGUCCCGAUGGCACACGCUCCUCCGUGGAGUCUGUCGACGAGAAUAACGUGCGAACGGCACUGGAAACGAUUGCUUCUACAGACACGGAGUCAACAAUUGCGUCGCAGGCGACCAUUCAGCAGGCAGGACGACGAAGCUACCUGAGAAAGCACUCCCAGAACACGUCCUCCAACAUACCGUACGCGUCAUUCGGCAAUGCCGCCAUCGAUCAAUCGUUGGACGAGUUUAUAGAGCGUGAGGAGCAGCACAAACAGGACGAAGCGAUGGCAGAAGCGGCCACCAAGAUCCAACGAUCUUACCGGACGCAUAAGAAGAAAUUGCUGCGUGAUUAUCACAGCACGAUGCGCACCUUCACCGAGGACCAGUCCGCGGAAAGUGGCGAAGAGUAUGCCGCUAACGUGAUCCAGAUCAAGUUGGAUCAGCGGCGAACCGAGGCUUCGGAUCCGGCAGCGGGUGACGGUGGCGAGGAAAGCGAUACAACGACGGGCGGGAAGGUUGGUCUGGGGGCGACCGGGAAACGGCCGAUGUACAGCUUGAACAUUGACGAGUAUGACACGGUGGCACGGCGGAUGACACUCACCCGUGGUGUGGCAAUGCAGCGUAACUCAACGCCGGAUGAUGACUCCGGCAAGUCGGCAAACGCAUCGACCGAUCGAAAGCCUUCGUUGAACAGUCCGAUUGUUAAGGAUUCGACGCCGGCUAGUGGAUCCGGCGAAAGUCCUUCGUCGGAUGAGAAGCCAGCGGGACCCGAUACAACCGACAGAAGCUCGAGCGACGAACCGGAACAGAAGGACGCUCGUAGCUCAUCACGAUCAAAACCGAAAAGUAGCCCAACGGCGGUGGUAGCCGGGCGUGAACAAGUGCCCCGGAUGGUCACCAGUCGGACAACAUUCGCGCCGCUGGACGUGCAAAAUCUGCUGCUGAUUGCGCGGCAGCGCACGAUGCCGGUACAGAUCGAUUCGUCCGUCAUCCGGGUACUACCGAAGCAUAUGCGCAAACGGAUCAGCAGCGCGGGCAUGCUGAACACCAACGGCAAGCGAAAAUAGGAUUGUCAUUUUUAGGAGCUGAAAAUGGAAACCAGAUUUCUAAUUAUUGUACCGUAGGGUCACGGUUUCCCAGGGAACAGUUAUUGAAAACAAAAAAACAACGAUGCUAACAAAAUAUAUACUCUGCU